GGUUGCGCAGGGUUGCUUCCUUGCUUGUUUGCACGUCCUAAAAUCAAUCUCUCUAGAGUAGCAUUCAUUGCUUACAGUUGCUUUGUUAGUAGAGAGUUUCCUUGGUUGCGAUCGUGCGAGUGCCAAUCCUGCCGUACAAUCCCAAACCAAACUGUACCAAUUCACCUUCGUUCCAACUCCAACGCUUCGACAGACCCAUCCGUCCCUACCAACAUGACGGCGGCGAACAGCGUUCAACCGCAGAGCGAUCACGCUCCGAGCGAAGAGCGUCGAAAGCUACUCAACGAGGAAUUAGCGGUACCACUGGUGUCGAAUUUCUUCCCCAUUGAAGGCUACUACACCGCGGCGCAAAAGGUUUUCGAUAGCUUCCAGGAUGCCUUUGAACACCGACAGAUCGACAACGCCUUUGUCUACGGGAAACGAUACUGUCUCUUUGUAGUAGACGCUAUUCCACAACACAAUUACUUCAACGCUACAAAAAUCAAAAAGAUGCAGAACCAGCAUCAUCGGCAGGUCGACCUCGUCAUUGACCAACUCGACGUCGUGGCGACGUGGAUGGACGAGUCGGAAAUGGAGCGCCAAACGCGAGAGCGAGAAGAAGCCAAACGACGACGACAGCUCGCUAUUCAAAGAGCCAAAGCGGAAACUGUGCGCUACCAACAACAGGAGCAGGAACGCUAUCGCCAAUUGCAGCUACGGUUCGAUCAACACAAGACACACAAAGAGAGUCUCAAUGAGGAUCCGGAGCACGUACAGGCAUCGGCGAUGGAAAAGUUGGAAAAGCUUCGAGCUCUCCAAAAUGGUGUCGAUGUGGCGGCACGCAUUCCCCAAGAUCCUUCCGGCGAAGAAGCGGGCAAACCUGGAUCACGAUACCGCCUUUUAUCGGAUUCCGAAGAAGACCACGCCGAGCAACAGCAAGGCGAUCAAAGGAAUCCACCCUACGAUACAAUCAUUAGUGGGACCGUUCUGCCACCUCCUUUACCCCUUCCAAGUGCACCGCCAUCCUACGAUGCCAUAGUUACAUCUCGGUCGUCCCGCAACUUUUUGGGCCCGGCAGUGCCCUCGGAACCAUUCCCCAAAUCGACAUUUUUGAACGGCAACAAGUUUGUGGACGAAACGACGGUAGCAUUGCCCGCAACCCCCGAAACACCAGCACGCCGCCAGCGCGUUCCUAUGCGAGAGCUUCAGCACCGGUACAAGCAAACAUACGUAAAAUACCAACAGGCGGGGAAAAUCAAGGUCUCCGGUAUCAACACUUAUCAAGGGCGGUUAAUCGAAUCGACCAACGGAUGUACAGUCAUUUCAGCUUUAGUCGCCGCGCAUCAAUUAUCCUCUCGAUCGGGGGCAGUCACGGACGCAACCGUCAUCAACGUGAUCGAUCGGCAAUGUGGACCACUCUUACGUGAAAUACGGGGCAAACUUGGCUUGGGUGGUCACGCUCUGAUUAUUCCAUCUGAUGUACACGAUCAUCUUGUCGAUCACAACAUAUUGUCACAAGAGACAUUCGUUGGUGCCGCCGGCGGCAACAUAUUGGACGAAGGCCACAUGAACGAGUUUCUCAAACUUUUGCAAGGAGAUAGCGCACAGCAUGCCAAAGCUGCCGCCACACUAUUUUUUCGUGAGCACGUCAUUUCAAUUGUUAAAUCACAGCAUGGCAAAGCCAUUAGUGGUAGCCUUAGUAACCAGGGCUUGUGCUGUUACGAAUUAAUCGAUUCAAUGCCGGGAAUGUUUGAUGGUGGACGAGGCAUGGCGACUCGUACACGUUGUACGGAUAUGGAUUCUUUGCAAGUUCUAUUGCGGUGGUACGCCUCGCGAAAAUUUUCUGACUCCAACUGUUCCUACAUUGACAAAACCAUUUGGGAUGACAGCAUGGCUGACUUUGAUCCCCGUGUCUUUCAAGGAUUUGUUUGGGCGGCAGCCUCUUGAACGAAUAAGUUUUGCAAAAGAUGUCUCGGCAAAAGAUAUACGUGACUUUUUUCCAUUGUUCGGCUAUCCGCGAAUGCGCGGCCCUUGCUUGUACAACAAUCCGCAUCAGAAUUGAAAUUAGAGCCUACCAGAAACGAAGCUCCAAGUGGUACAUUGAUAAUAAAACCAUCUUCAACGGAACAAAAAGGAAACUGCUGGAAAACUUUGUUUCGCCGUCAUUCAGGAGUCCAGAAUCUUGGGAAAUUUGCGGAGUUCAGUUUUUCUAUCUUGAUCUC